UCAGGUACCAUUAGUUGCUUAGUUCUUUAAGAACUUGCUUUGCUUUGCUUAAUAGCAAAAUGCAUUGAGGUACAUUCCAGAGCUUGUUCACUGAUAGAGAUGGCAACAGUCUCGGAGCCAAAGCGGAAGACCUGUUCCUACAGCUUUCAUCGUGAGCCGUUGACUUCAUUGAUAGAGUUGGGUAGCCUUGCGACUAGUGAUCAGCUGAAGGGUUUUGUUGGGAAGUAUGGAGAUAUUUUGACGCUGUUGAAGACGGUAGUUGAUCCGGUGCCUCUGCAGACUCUUCUUCAGUUUUAUGACCCGGAGCUUAGAUGUUUUACCUUUCAAGAUUAUCAGUUGGCGCCUACUCUCGAGGAGUAUUCUAUUCUGAUGAGUGUCCCGAUUCAGCAUCAGGUUCCUUUCUUGGACGUACCUAAGGAGGUUGACUUCAGAGUGGUUGCCAGAGCUCUCCGGUUGAGUGUCAAGGAAGUCUGUAAUAAUUGGAAGCCCAGUGGGGGAGUUGUGGGUCUGCCGUCAAAGUUUCUACUGAGAGUUGCUAGAGAUGAAGCAGAGAAGGGGAAUUGGGAAGUUUUUCAGGCCCAGUUUGCUGCUAUGAUUUGUGGGAUCGUCCUAUUCCCAAGCAUGCCCAAUUUCAUUGACCAUGUUGCUAUCAGUAUCUUCAUUGGAGGGAAUCCAGUCCCCACUCUGUUAGCUGACACUUACUAUGCCAUUCACAGUAGGCAUGGUAAGGGUGGAGCCAUCAAGUGCUGUCUACCUCUCCUGCUCAGAUGGUUCAUGUCUCUCCUGCCAGUCAGUGGACCCUUUGUGGAUACCCAGAGCACUCUUAAGUGGACUCAGAGGGUCAUGUCGCUUACUUCCUAUGACAUUAGAUGGCAAUCUUACCGGAUGAACGUACGGAAUGUUAUUAUGAGUUGUGGAGAAUUCCGGAACCUGCCACUCGUGGGGACCAAGGGUUGUAUCAAUUAUAAUCCAAUUCUUUCUCUUCGUCAGUUGGGGUUUGUAAUGAAGGGAAAACCACUUGAGGCUGAGGUAGCCGAGAGUGUGUACUUUGAGAAGCAGAGUGACCCGACUAGAUUGGAGCAGAUAGGAAGAGCUUGGAGAUCUGUUGGAGUGAAGGAUGGAUCCGUCUUAGGGAAGAAGUUUGCCAUUGCAAUGCCUGAUUACACUGAUUGGGUAAAGAAGAGAGUGGAAACUUUGUUGCUACCCUACGAUAGGAUGGAGCCGUUGCAGGAGCAAUCACCCUUGAUCCUUGCUGAGAGUGUGCCUGCUGAGCACUAUAAGCAAGCUCUGAUGGAGAAUCACCGGUUGAGAGAGAAGGAGCAAGACACCCAGAUGGAAAUGUACAAAGCCAAAACUGAUAAGUUGAACUUGGCCCAUCAACUCAGGGAAGUGCAAGGAGAGGAUGCUAGCAGAGCAAGGAGCAAGAAGAGAUCUUACGAGGAGAUGGAAUCCAUGUUAGAUGCAGAACAUCGGGAGUGCUUGAGACUGCAGAGAGCAGAAGCCAACUAUCAGAAGAGGAUCAGAGACCUAGAGAAGCAACUCAGAGACAAAGACGCCCAGUUGAAGAAGGAGGUAGACUUGAGACAAACAUCAGAGGAUUAUAUUGGAGGAGAAGUUAUGGAGCUUAGAAGACAACUGAAGGAGAAGAUCACCCCUCUACCAGAAUGUUCAGAAUGCACACUGUUGAUAGACCAAUGCCAGUACCUGAAGACCCUCAUUCCGGAAGACCGUCUAUCUUAGCUUGUAUCU